GGACCCAGUUUAACAUUAAAGAGACUAAAUCACAUGAUCCUUAUUUUCAAAAAGAGGAAGCUGCAGGUCUAACUUACUGAACUAAAUGACAGCUAUUCAUUGAACAGUUAUUUCUUACGUUAUAGUCACGCGCUUGUAUAAUGACGCCACGCGAAAGAGUUUUACUGCGUCUGUGUUUGAUUUAAAGAUGAAGUCACACAUUACUUUCGUUUUAUUAGGCUUGUGUUAUCUGCCAGUAUUGUCUGUGCUGGCAGAUUCACGCUCAUUUUCUAUUGACUAUGAAAACAACUGCUUUCGAAAGGAUGGAAAACCAUUCCAGUACAUCUCAGGAAGCAUCCACUAUUCCCGCAUCCCUCGGGAUUACUGGAAGGACAGGCUGCUUAAGAUGUACAUGACUGGACUCAAUGCUAUUCAGGUAUAUGUGCCGUGGAAUUUCCAUGAGACCGUGCAGGGGGUGUUUAACUUUGCAGGAGACAGAGAUCUGGAGUACUUCUUAAAGCUGGCAAACCAAACAGGGCUGUUAGUCAUCUUGCGUCCAGGGCCGUACAUCUGCGCAGAAUGGGAAAUGGGUGGUUUGCCUGCAUGGUUGCUACAAAAACCGAACAUUAUCCUCCGUUCAGCUGACACAGAGUACUUGCAGGCAGCGAGUAGCUGGUUGGAAGUCCUGCUCACUAAGAUGAAACCGUGGCUUUAUCAGAAUGGAGGAAAUAUUAUUAGUGUACAGGUAGAGAAUGAAUAUGGCAGCUACUUUGCUUGUGAUUAUAACUACAUGCGGUACCUUCACACUCUCUUCCGUCUGGUCCUGGGGGAAGACGUUGUCCUCUUUACUACAGAUGGAAACACAGACAAAGAGAUGAAAUGUGGUACACUCGACGGCCUGUAUGCAACUAUAGACUUUGGCACAGACACCAAUAUCACUACAGCCUUUAAUCGACAGAGAAGAUUUGAACCCAAAGGUCCACUGGUGAAUUCUGAGUUUUAUACAGGUUGGUUGGAUCACUGGGGAGAAAGCCAUGCUUAUGUGGAGACUGAGAAAGUCAGCAAAAUGCUGGGAGAAAUGUUGGCUAUGGGUGCCAGUGUCAACAUGUACAUGUUUGAGGGAGGAACCAACUUUGGCUACUGGAAUGGAGCCGACUAUGAUACCAGGUUUCGGUCUGUGGUGACCAGUUAUGAUUAUAAUGCCCCAUUAUCAGAAGCAGGAGAUCCCACGGACAAACUGCUUGCCAUAAGAGACGUUAUUACAAUUUUUCGUGAUAUUCCAGUUGGUCCCAUGCCACCAGCCACCCCAAAGCUAGCUUACGGCUUUGUGACACUACAAAAGGUUGCCAACAUUAGCAGCCUGUUGGACACACUGUGUCCUCAAGGUCCAGUACGAUCUCAAUAUCCUUUGACAUUUGAAGAGAUUAAACAGUACUAUGGCUUCGUGCUUUAUCGGACGACACUACCGCAGAACAUUCCUGACCCGACUCCGCUCAUCUCACCGGUCAAUGGCAUCCGUGACCGUGCAUACGUCUCUGUGAAUGGGGUGUAUCAGGGGUUCCUGGAGAGGGACACCACAUUGGUGAUGAACGUUACUGGACGACAAGGAGAUCAGUUGGAGAUUCUUGUGGAGAACAUGGGCAGGGUUAAUUUUGGCAGCUAUAUCAAUGAUAAUAAGGGUCUCCUCGGCAACCUUAUCCUGGGAAAUGAUGUGCUCACUGAUUGGUUAAUCUACCCACUUGACAUUGAUACUGCAGUAGCUAAUGGCUGGCUUCAUGCAGAUCACUCCAAAGUUCGACCAGGUCCAAAGAUGGAAGCAGGAGAUGGACCAAUGAUCUACUCGGGAACCUUGAAGACCUCAGGCCUAGCGUGGGACACUUAUGUAAAACUUAAUGGAUGGACUAAAGGUCAGGUAUGGGUAAACGGUGUAAAUCUGGGAAGGUACUGGCCCCAAAAGGGUCCCCAACAGACACUAUAUGUCCCCGGACCUUUUCUUAGUGCCACUCAACCAAACAACAUCACCGUAUUGGAGCUGGAAAGAGCACCAUCACACGGCAGGAUUCUGUUUAUGGACAGACCUCAGCUAAACCGCACUGUACAAAAGACGUGAACAUAUACACUAAACAUGCAUUGGAAAGCCUUAUUCGCUCUUCAACUCAAAGAAUGUAUACAUUAUCUGCAUAAGCCAUCAUAACACAGUGUGUCAUAUUACUCAAUAUUUAGCUUGGUUUACUGAUCUGUUGAUGGCUCAGGAACUGUUAAAAUUGCAGCUCAUUUUAAUAUGAAAUAAAUAUAAGAAACAAAGAA